AUGGCGCCGGGAAUGAAGCCCACGUUGGCAGACUGCCUAUGCUUGCUGGCGCCCUUCCUCUCGUUGGACCUGCGCUGUGCCUUUGCGCUGUGCCGGGCCUGCAGAGCGGAGGACUCGGAGCGGUUGUGGGUGGAGCUCUUCCAAGCGGUUUCUGUGCGCCUGGCGCGGGGGCACCGGGGUGCCAUCUUGCGCCUGCCGUUGGGCCUGCGCAGCCUCAGGCUGAUGCUGGGGCUGUCGCCCUUCGCGGACAUCAGCGCAGAGCUGCAGCUCUUGGCCCAGCGGCUGCCCCAGCGGCUGAGGACCCUGACGCUGUGGCUGGGCGAUGCCUCGCCACAGGCCCAGAGCGCCCUGGCCAGGAGUUGGCCAGAGACGCUUGAAGAGCUGAAUCUCACCAUGAAGCUUCAGCCAGGAGUGGAUCUCUUCAGGCACAUGCCGGCGCGGCUUCGCGCGCUCUCGCUGAAGCUGGGGAUGUUUCAGGAGUGGCCAGGGCAAACCUGGCAGAACUUCGUUGGAGGCCUUCCCACGCACCUGGAGGACCUGACUCUGCACCUUGACGAGACCCCCGACCUAGCGCUCUUCCACCGCCUGGACGGCUCCCUGCAGCGCCUGAGUCUGGACUUGGGGCGCUGCUUCGAGCCGGAGGGGCUAGCGACUGCUGUGUGGCUCGGAGCUUGUGGGCCUCUCAUUGAGACUGUGGAGGGUAUGGUAUACGGCAGAUAG